UCAGUCAGGAGGGAGGAACUCGUCUGCGGAUCAGUGUGCGCACGCUGCACCGCCCGCCCUGUCCCUCCCUCUGUCUCCCUGUCUCUCCCUCUGCCUCCCUCUGUCCCGGAACGCGCGUCUCCUUCCCUCUCUGUAUUUACAGCCUUCCGCCAGCAUUCAGACAGAAACACGGGUCCCUGGUGGUGUUUUGGGUGGAGGAAUGCGCAGGCUGACGCGGGUGUGAGCCGGAGAAAGAGCUGAACAUGGCUUCGUUGCGGAUGGUUGGUAAAGUUACGCUGGGACUUCUGGGAGCACUUCAUCCCCCUCGCGCUGCUCUCAGAAAUGCUCCUCCGAUUACACUUUUUCACCAGGUUCACCACAGAGGGAUUUUGCGGGGACAACGCCAGGCUUUUUUCUGCAGUGCAGCCUCUCCCUCAAGUGAUGUCUCCUUGAAAUACAAAUAUGACCGCCUGGUUCUGGAGGUGCUGCUGCCAUCCAGGAAUGAGAAGUGUGUGUUCUUUUUGAGGCCCAUGUUGAUGAAUGUGGGCGACCUGAUCAGUGAUCUGCAGAAGGAGGACCCUGGAGUCAGCGCCUCUGUGCUGUCCAAGGAUGGAGAGCGUGUUGCAAACAGUACACUCUUAGAAACUCUGCUGGACAAGGACUUCAAGCUGGUCAUCAAUGACAAUGUGCACGAUGUCCAUUCUCCUGAGAAGGUGGCCAUUUCCAGUGAACAUGCCCUAGAGCUGGAAGACAUGAAACAUAUGGUACAUUUGCUGCACACUGCCCUAAAUCUUCCAGAACAUCACCUACAGAAAGAACGAGAGUUACUGGAGAAACUAGACUCACUCAAACAAGAGCUGUCCCCACUGGAGAAGAUGAAGGCCGACCUGUCCCGUAAAGCUGAGUUCCAUUCCUCCAAGGCCCUGUGGACGGGGAUGGCCCUGCUCUCUGUCCAGGGUGGGGCUCUGGCCUGGCUCACCUGGUGGGUCUACUCGUGGGACGUCAUGGAGCCUGUCACGUAUUUCAUUACUUAUGCCACAAGUAUGGGGGCUUUUGCGUACUACGUCCUCACCAAGCAGGAUUAUAUAUAUACAGAUGCCAAGGACAGACAGUUUCUGCGAUACUUUUACAAAGGUGCUUCCAAGGCAAAGUUUAAUGUGACAAAGUACAACAGUCUAAGAGAAGAACUGGCACAGGUAGAGGAUGAUCUGAGACGUCUGAGAUACCCCACUCAACUUCAGCUACCACUGGAACAAAUUCAAAUAAAGCCAUGAACAUUAAAUUUUGAAACCAGAGUAUUUCCAGAAAAUACUUGUAUGACACAUUUUCAUCAUGAUGUUAUGUUUACAGUUCCUUCUAUUUGAUAAUGCGAAAGAUAAUAACUACUUGUAUACUUGCCUGUAUAAUUUGAAAAUGUCUUGCAUAUAUUUGCUCCUACCACUAGGAAUGACAAAAGUUAUUAAAAAUCUUUUUUGCUAUACAAGGAAA